AUGGCUGGACUCGACAAUAUCUCAAUGCCAGCAGAUGCAUCCUCCGACCCGUGCUUUCAGAGGCCAAAGAAGCGCCCUCGAGCUGUGGUCGCAUGUCUGAGGUGUAAAACGAGACGUCAAAAGUGCGACAACAAACUACCGGCCUGUUCCAAUUGCGCGAGGGCCAAGCUCAACUGUGUCUUUCCCGAGAACGAGUACCCGUCAUCCUAUGUCAAGGCACUGGAAACAAGAGUUGCAUGGCUGGAAGCACAGCUGGACCCCUCGCGGCAGUCCCGAUCGGAGGGGCACUUCUCCGGCGGCGAUGGCAAUGAGGCAGCUGCAAGCUCAGAGGGGCGGAUAACUUCCCCCACGGGCACUCCAAACCUGGCGAGUAGUGUUGGGCUAUUGUCCCUCCACGCAGCUGCCGAACCUCAAUACUUUGGAGUAUCAUCUGGGGUGUCUUUGGCUCUGAUGAUCGAGACGGCCGUCUACGAAAAAGCACGACCUAUUUCCUGCUUGAGUUUACCUUCAGAGACGGUCGAAAGUCCAUUCUCGGGCAGCAGCCAGAGAGGCUCGACCGCCGCAGCAUCUUCACCGCCGUUGGAGAAGGCAGCGUCUUUCGUGACCGCCUAUCUAUCUUAUAUUCACCCUAAUUUCCCGUUUCUUUCUAAACAUCAACUAUGGAAAGCUCACCACAAUCGGCAGGAAGUGGACGAUUCCACAACUAGUGAAGGACGCCAUGAUCAUGUUGUGUUGCAGCUGGUGUAUGCGAUUGGUUCUCGCUGUCUGAAACUGGUGGGGUCAGAACACAUCGCUGAAUCGGAGCCAGAAAGCUUUUAUCAUUCAGCCAUGGCAAAAUUACAAGAUCAACUUAACGUGCCAAGUGUUCAGAAUAUCCAGCUCAUUCUUCUAGUGGCCAUCUAUGCGUUGCGUUCUCCGUCAGGAUCUAGUGUUUGGCAUUUGUGCGGUCUGAUGAUCAGGCAAUGUGUCGAACUAGGACUUCACCGGCAACUGCAAAAGGAUGAGAACACGGCCCACUCUGACGAAUUUAAGAGGAGGUUGUUCUGGAGCAUCUACCACCUGGAGCGGAGGAUUGUCCUAGUUCUGGGAAGGCCGUUGGCCAUUGCCGAUGAUGAAAUCGACAUCCCAUUACCCCACGAGAUUGAAGACGACCGUUUUGAGGACAUCAUAGAGCUAGCAGAGACAAGCCGUGAGCACCAGGUAUCGAAUCAACACAGCGGGCCAGGGGUGCCUUCCACAGUAGCAGGAACCGACAUCUUAUUCCACGUUCAUAAUGUUCUGCUAGAUCAGCUCAACGCGAAAAGCCGUCUUACACUCGCCCGUCUCGCGAAGACCAGUCGUGGAACACAGGUCGAGCGAAAGAUUGCGAAGCGAUUCCAGGAACUUGAGGACUGGAAAACUGCCAUAUUUGGUCACUCCACCGGAGGGGAUGCGUCGACGGACUUGAUGUUGUCUACCCUCAGAACUCCUGUUCAAACGCCUGUGUCUCGGCCUGCUUUGCCGGAAGCACAGCGGCUCGCGUUGCUGCUCAACUAUCACCGAGCUCGCCGAAUGCUCCUUCAGACAAUUCUCACCGAAAUCCAAUUGCCCAAUCAAGCAUUCCCGUUUUCUUCCUUUGCCAAGUCGUCAGGCGAAGUCUGUCAGCUCAACAGGCGACUUCACCGCGUACGAUCUGUGCCCUUCACACUUCUUGAUCUACAUUCCGUCUUUGUGGCUGGGUUCUCGAUGAUCUACUGUGCGUGGUCCCACCCAAGUCUCUACGAUGCCGAAAUGGCGGCUGACCUGGGUGCUUGCUCUACUGUGCUGUAUUUGAUUACCGAGCAAUGGGGCGCAGGUGCGAAGAAAUACCGCGAUGCAUUUGAGCUGAUUGCGGGCAAGACGGCAGAGUAUGUCCUCAGCCCAAGGCGCUCACAAGUGAACAGCCAACAACGACCGCCAUCUGUUGGUCUCCAGGCACCGCUUCGUGCAUCGGCUGCAGCCAGCGACACCGUCCCGGGACCUGAGAUGCCACAUCCGGCCACUGCAUAUGACGACAUGGAGCGACCUAGUAGUGACAACUGGACAAAAGAUAGCUUGGACGUCUGGCAGAUGAUGACCGAGUUCGUUCAGACCCAGGACAGUGAUUUCGAGUGUGACCCUGUGAACUUUAGAGAAAUUGAGGAGUUCUUGACGGAAGAGGGCCUGGGAUGGUUCAAUGGAGGCACUGGUAUGGGCUUCUGA